AAACCUCGCGGGCUUUCUCUGGAGCCUGCCAUCUUGAACGCCUUUGGGAGCUUCUGGUCCUGUGCUGCAGAGGCGCAGAAGUUUUUGGGUUCCUUGUCGCCCUGUGACCUGUUCCCCGCGUGGCGGUCCCAGAUAGUCACGGAUACCUCGGAAGCCAGGAGAUGGACCUGAUGACAUUUGGUGAUGUGGCCAUUCAUUUCUCUCCAGAAGAAUGGGAAUGUCUGGACUGUGUUCAGCAGGACUUAUACAGGGAUGUGAUGGUGGAGAAUUACAGAAACCUGCUCUCUGUGGUGGUCUCUUCUCAUUAUACCCAAUACUUUUCAUCGAAGGAGAACAUAAAGCGUUCAUUCCAAGAAGUACUAAGAAGACAUGAACAGUGUGGCAUUGACAGUUCACAUUUAAGGAAAACGUGGGAAAGUGACUCAAAAGAUCUUCAUCUGAGUUCCCACCUUCAAGACAAGGCUUACAAAUGUAAAGAAUGUGGUAAGGCCUUUGAUAGUUGUUCAUAUCUUAAUGUGCACCAGAGAAUUCAUACUGGAGAGAAACUCUUUGAAUGCAAAGAAUGCGACAAAGCCUUUAUUGAUUGUUCAGCCUUUACUUACCACCAGAGAAUUCAUACAGGGGAGAAACCUUACGAAUGUAAAGAGUGUGGCAAAACCUUUAACAAACGUUCAAACCUCAGACAACAUCAGAGAAUUCAUACUGGAGAGAAACCUUACAAAUGUCAAGAUUGUGGCCGAGUUUUUAACCAAAGCUGGCAUCUUAGUCAACACCGGAGAGUUUAUGUUGGAGAAUGUGGCAAGUCCUUUAUCAAGUGUUCCACUCUUAGACGACAUCAUGCCAUUCAUACCGGAGCAAAGCCCCACAAGUGUAAGGAGUGUGGUAAGACCUUUGUUCAUAUUUCAAAUCUUAAUGAACACCAAAACAUUCACACUGGUGAGAAGCCAUUCAUAUGUAAAGAGUGUGGCAAAGCCUUCAGCAAUGGUUUAAGCCUGAAACGACAUCAUGUAAUUCAUACUGGAGAGAAGCCCUACAAGUGUAAAGAGUGUGAGAAAGCCUUUACUCAGAUUUCAAAACUUUGUGAGCAUCAGAGAGUUCAUACUGGUGAGAAGCCCUAUAAAUGUGAAGAAUGUGGCAAAGCCUUUCACAAAUGGCCAUCAUUUAUGUACCACCAUCGAACUCAUACAGGAGAGAAACCCUAUGAAUGUAAAGAGUGUGGUAAAGCUUUUACCAAAGGCUCGGAUCUCAGAAGACAUCACAGAGUUCAUAGUGGAGAGAAACCCUACACAUGUAAAGAGUGUGGCAAAGCUUUUACCACAAGCUCAAGUCUUAGAAAGCAUCAUAGAAUUCAUACUGGAGAGAAGCCCUACAAAUGUGGACAGUGCAACAAAGCCUUUAGACGUUGUUCACACCUCAUUGUACAUCAGAGAAUUCAUACUGGAGAGAAGCCCUACACGUGUAAAGCAUGUGGCAAAGCCUUUUCCAGAUCUUCAAUCCUUAGGCAUCAUAACAGAAUUCAUACUAGAGGGAAGCGUUCCUGAUGUAAAGAUUAUGGCAAGCUGUGUGCGUGUGUGCAUGCAUUCACAUGUGUAUGCAUAUGCACAUGUGUGCACAUGCAUGAUGGCAUGUGUGGAAUUCAGAGGUCAAUAUUGGUUGUCUCUAUUGCUCUCUGCCAUUUUAUUUUUUUAAAUUACAUUAAACAUUUUGUUUUGUGUGUUAAUGUGUAUGUGUGGGUGUGCAUGUGACAUGGUUUGUGUGUGGAGGUUAGAGGAUAAUUUGGGGGUUGGUUAUCUCCUUCCAACAUGUGGAUCCUGGGGAGCUAACUCAGGAGGUCAGGCUUGGUUGCAGAUGCCUUAGCUGCUGAGCCAUCUUGCUGACCUCACUUUAGUUUUUGAUACAAGGUUUAAGAUUCUCCCCACUCCCCACCGAGACAGGUUUUCUCUGUGUAGCCCUGGCUGUCCUGGAACUCACUCUGUAGACCAGGCUAGCCUCAAAUUCACAGAAAUCCACCUGCCAAGUGCUGGAAUUAAAGGUGUGUGCCACCACCACCUGACUAAAUUUUUAUUUUUAAAAAGAUUUUAAAGGAUUUUUAUCUAUGUAAGUGUUCUGCCUGUAUGAGUGUCUGUACAUUACAUGCACUGCCCACAGAGGCCAUAAGAGGUCAUCAGAUCCCCUGGAAUUGAAGUUACAGACAAUUCAUAGUGUCAUGUGGGUGCUGGGAACCAAAUCUCAGUCUUCUACAAGAGCAAUAAUAAGUGCUCUUAACCAGUGAGCCAACUCUCCAGCCCUGUCUUUAAAAAUUUUAAAUUUAUUUAUUUAUAUGCUUAUAUGUGUGUGCACAUACAUGUAUGUUCAGAGGUUAGAGGGCAACUUGCAGGAGUCAGUUCUUUCUACCAGUGGGUCCCAGGGAUUGGACUUAAAGGUUGUUAGGCAUGGUGGAAAGUAUCCUUAUUCUGAGUUAUCUCCCAAGUCCCGAGACAGACUUUCUUACUGAGCCUGGAGUUCAUUGAUUGGGACCAGCAAGCCCUCAGAAUUUUAAUUUUCUAAGUCUCCUAGUGCUAGAGUUACUCAAGUUGUCCUGCCAUACCCAGCUAGUUUUUUUUUUUUUUUAAUUUAUUUUAUGUGCAUUGGUGGUUUUGCCUGCAUGUUUCUGUGUGAGGGUAUCAGGUUUUGGAGUUACAGACAGUUAUUAGCUGCCAUGUGGGUGCUGGGAAUUGAACAUGGGUCCUCUGGAAGAGCAGUAAGUGCUCUUAGCUGCAGAGCCAUCUCUCCAGCCUUUGCUUGUUUUUAUUUAAUUAAAAAUUUUGUUUUUUUUUUUUUUUUGAGACAGACUGUCUGUAAUUCUGGCUAUUCUAGAACUCACUGUGUAGAUCAGGUUGGCUUUGAACUCACAGAGAUCUACUUGCCUCUGCUUCCCUAGUUCUGGGAUUAAAGGCAUAUCCCACCAUGCCUGGCUUAUGCCCAGUUUUUGAUAUGAAUGAUGGGGGUCUGAAUUUGGGUCCUCAUGCUUGAAGAGCAUCCACUUGCCCCAUUGAGCCAUCCCCUCAGCCUGCUGGCAGUUUUUUUUUCUUUUUAAACACAAUUUAUUUAUGUGUAUGGGUGUUUUGUCUGAAUGCAUGUCUGUACAUCACAGGCUUGCCUGAUAGACACACUGUGAAGGCCAGAAGAGGGUGUCAGACCUCCUGGGACUGAAUUACAGACAUUUAUCACCUGCCAUUUGGUUGCUGGCCACCAUCUGUUUAGCCAUCUCUCCUGCCCCGUGGCAAAGUUUUUAUUGAAAUGUCAAACAUAUUUAAUAGAUAAUUCAUGCUAUAUGCAAAUAUUAUAGAUGUAAUGAAUGUGGGAAGGCCUUGGUCCAAAAUAUGUAUCUCAGAGAAUAGUCAAAAUAUUUACAUUGGAGAAAACAAUUUUUAAAUAAAUAUAAUUACUUCUGUGUGUAUGUAUAUGUGAUUGUAUGUAUAUAUGUAUGUAUUAGAGGUCAGCUUGGGGGAGUCAGUUUUUCUUCCUCCAUGUGGGUUCUAGGGAUCAAACUCAAGUCAUCAGGCUUGGUGGCAGGUGCCUUACCAGAUAGCCUUCUCACUCCAGUGCACCAAUGUAUAGUAUAGUAACACCUUUUCAAACUUCAGGUUUUAGUGAAUGUGAAAGAAUCAUGUUGGGAAGAAAUCCAAUAUAGAGAGGAUGCAUGGCAGCCUUUUAUUUGCUUAAGUUGUACAUCAUUAGUGUACUCAGAGCUAUGAAUAGUGAAGAUAACUCCUGUUUGAAAAGAUAACAUUUCUUAUAAAUUCAAACUUCAUGGAAACAAGAACUCAUAACUUGUGCAUAAAAUAAUGUAUCUUGUUUGACUAAUUCUGCAGAGCUUUUAGC